GAUUGCAGGUGCAACUUUUCACUUUCCUGGAUUAACACAGCCGGCAAAAUUCAGUCUCCAAAAGAAAAUAGGGAAAACCAUUCUGGCUUGAAAGAGCCAGAUUUGGAUCCUAAAAAUGUUAUUAAAAGCAGAGAAGCACUCUAUCGGCUUGUUAUCAGUCAACUUUUUUAUGACGGGCAUCAAACACUUGCUGUACAAUUAUCUAACAUGAUACAAGCUGAACCACCAUGUCCACCUUCGGAUAGACUGCUCCACUUGAUGCUCAUUGGUGCUGCACAUGAACCAGACCGUACAAAAAAAGAAGUGACAACACCUAAUAUUCCAACAUUUGCAAAUAUUGACAAUUCACUUGGGCCUGGGCUGGAUUUAGAGUUUGAAACCGAGGCUCAAACACAGGCACCUGAACCAGCACAGUAUGAAACAGCGUAUGUCACAUCACACAAAGGAAACUGCAGAGCUGGUGCGUUUUCUGCUGAUGGGCAGCUAAUCGCUACAGGCUCUGUUGAUGCUUCUAUAAAGAUCUUAGACGUUGAUAGAAUGCUUGCUAAAUCUGCACCGGAUGAAAUGGCACCUGGAGACCAAACGGGUGGACAUCCUGUAAUUAGAACGCUGUAUGAUCAUUUGGAGGAAGUGACGUGCUUAGAGUUUCAUCCUAGAGAUCCGAUUCUAGUUUCUGGAAGCAGAGAUUUUACCGUCAAGUUAUUUGACUUCAGUAAAGCCAGUGUUAAAAAAGCGUUUCGUACUAUAACAGAUGCUGAUCAAAUUCGAUGUCUGUCCUUUCACCCAACAGGUGAUUUUCUUGUUGUUGGAACUAAUCACCCAGUUGUAAGAUUAUAUGACGUUAAUACCGCGCAGUGUUUCGUCUGUAGCAUACCAAGUCAUCAGCAUACUGCAGGUAUAACAAGUAUCAAAUAUUCCCCGGAUGCUAAGACUUAUGCCUCAGCUGGUAAGGAUGGCAGUAUCAAAUUAUGGGACGGUGUGUCGAAUCGGUGUAUAAAUACUUUCGUCAAAGCACACGACGGCUAUGAAGUCUGCUCUGUAACUUUCACAAGGAAUGGAAAGUAUUUGCUAUCAUCUGGAAAAGAUUCUUUGAUCAAAUUAUGGGAAUUAUCAACAAGCAGAUGUUUGAUUGCUUAUACAGGUGCUGGUACGACAGGUAAACAGGAACAUAAAGCUCAAGCAAUAUUUAAUCAUACGGAAGAUUAUGUGAUGUUCCCUGAUGAGGCUACGACUUCUCUUUGCGCGUGGAAUUCUCGAAAUGCAUCUAGAAAGCAGCUUCUUUCAUUGGGACACAAUGGUCCAGUUCGUCUAAUUGUACAUUCCCCGACUGCACCAGCAUUUUUAACUUGCAGUGAUGAUUUUAGAGCGAGAUUCUGGUUUAGAAGAAUGCCAACACAUUGAACCUGCAUUAUCUCAUAUAAAAGGAAGCAAAUUCGGGUCUGUUCGCUCUUCCUAUCCUAAAAAAAUUUUCUAUCGUGGAGAGUGAGUAACAAUGAGGAAAAUGACUUCAAUGGUUAGUGUAACUAACCGUAUCGAUUAAUGAUUUUUUUUUUAUAUUGGUGCGUGAUGUUUAAUUUCAAUUUGACUCUGAUUUCUGAAUCUGGCUCGAGUUUUCUUUUCUGUGGAGUCAUUCUUGAUUUCACUUUUAUUGAUACGUGGUGAACCACCACCACCAUGAAUCCAUAAGUAAGUAAUAUCAAAGCAAAUUACCUAAGUCUUCAUAUAUUCUUUAUAAACGUCGGACGAAAUUGACGCUUACCACUCAGUGAAUAAAACAUGCCUUGAGAGAAACAAAAAAGAACAAAAUAGCUUCUUUAGGAGUAUCUCGUAUUCUGGGUAUUUAAUCAAAGAAGAUGAUGAGUUAAAAACGUUCUGUAGCAUGUAUUUAAAUUUACAGAAAUCAAUUCUUUAUCCAAUUACCUAUAAUACUGUCUGCUCAUCGAUUAUUUCUUAGUAAAGUCUUAAUUACUUGUUAAUAAAUCGUUUUGUAAGAUG